AUGGAAACAAACUCCACUGCUGAAGUCCAGGAAACGAUGGGAGAUAAAGUAGCGACAGCGACUCAGAUGGAAAGUGGAGAUGCCGUCAAAGAUGGAGUGGAUUCCGUGAUAAAGGAUGGAGCUGAAGAAAACAAGGACAAUAACAAACUUCAAAGCCCACUUCAAGAGAAAAGGGGGAAAUAUUCAGGGCCACGAAUGACCAAGGAAUUUCUGAAAGACCUUUGCAAGCAGAACAAACUUUACUUAACACCUUGCCUGAAUGACACCUUGUAUCUGCAUUUCAAAGGUUUCUCCACCAUUGAGAACUUAGAGGAGUACACAGGCCUGAAGUGUCUCUGGCUGGAAAGUAAUGGCUUUCAACGCAUUGAGAACCUGGGUGCCCAGACUGAUCUGCGCUGCUUGUUCCUUCAGCAGAACCUCAUAAACAAGCUGGAAAACCUUGAACCUCUGAAAAAGCUCUGCACCCUGAAUAUCUCCAACAACUACAUACACACCAUACAGCACAUCUCCUGCCUCCCCGACCUGAGCACUCUGCAGAUUGCCCACAACAAGCUGCAGACUGUGGGGGACAUAGAGCAUCUGAGCCUAUGUCUGGCAAUCAGUGUGCUGGACAUGUCUCACAAUCUGUUAUGUGACCCUGAGAUCCUCCGUGUUCUUGAGGCCAUGCCAGAGCUGCGAGUGCUGAGUCUAAUGGGAAAUGAGGUGGUGAAAAAGAUCCCAAACUACAGGAAGACCGUGAUCGUGCACCUCAAGCAACUCACCUUCCUCGAUGAUCGCCCUGUGUUCCUCAAAGACAGGGCAUGUGCAGAGGCAUGGGCAGUGGGAGGGCUGGAAGCUGAGCGCAAAGAGAGGGAGCAAUGGGAAACACGAGAGAGGAGAAAGAUUCAGGACAGCUUGGAUGGUAUGGCAAAGAUUCGAAGUGAAGCCCAGAAGAGACAGCGUCUCCAAGAGCUACAGGAGAAAGGGGUGGCUGAGGCUCCCACUACUCCGGAGACUCAAUGUGAGGAAAACAACACCCAUCUUUUGACUGAUGGAGGGAAGAUCCAAGCCUUUGUGCAGGACAGCCUGGAUGCCCAUGAAGAGUUCUUGCAGCGUCAGUCAACACAGGGGCAUCAGCCAAACAGUGAGCAUCCAGAUGCAGAGCAGCCAGGUCAAAAGUUGCAGAGAGAGCAGUCAGAGAAAAAUGACCAGGACAAAUCACAGGUAAAGCAGCCUGUCGGAGAGGAGAAAGAAGGGGUGAAUCCAGAGCAUCCAGCACAAGAGCAAGAAAGUGUUGCAGGAAAGAAAAUAGCAGAAGAUAAAAAACAACACCAGUCCGGUCAAAUCCAGUUCAUAAGAAAUGAUGCGGAGAGAGAGCCGGCAUACAUGAGUGAGCAGUUUGACAAGAAACAGCCUUCUCUGGUCAGGGUGACUCCACUUGAAGCAGACAAGGUUGUACGAGCACAUGUCCCCGGACCACUGGUUACAGAGCUGGAGGAUGCAGAGCAACUGGAAACCAUUCACCUUCCACUACAUCACUCACUGUGUAUUGACGACCUGCCUGAUCUGGAGGACGUGGACACAGAAGACUUCACGUCGAUGUUCUCUCCUCAGCAAGUGUUCAAACCAAAAGUAGAGGUGGCAUCAGGAGGCAAUAGUGAGGAUGAACCAACUGGGAAUCAGAGGGAGGGCAUCACCACCUUCAGUCCAGGUACAAAUUUACUCUUUUUUAUGAGUGGCUCUAACAAGUCUUCAUCAUUGGUGUAUCCAGAGGACGAGAAUGCCUGUGAGCCACAGCUUUUUCAACCAGUGAGAAAGUCCAAAACAAACCAAACCUCUUCUCCACCACGCUGCCUGAUUGAGGAGCUGAAUUGAUGCUUUCAAGGUGCUUCAAAUUAAAUGUCUUAGUGCUGACAGGCAAUAGACCAGCUGUGUGAAAAGCCUGCUUUAAUUAAAAAAAAAAAAAAAAAAAAAAAAAA